UAUCGUCAAUUCCACAAUACAGCCCGCGAUGCCACCACGCAUAUCUCUACGGACCGCCUCAAGGUUCCUGAACAUUCGGCCGGCCCCCCAGCCAUCAAUUGCCUGUCACACACCCAUUACCCUCCGCACACACCCCGUUCGCGCCUUCGCAGACUCGAAACACCCCAAACCGAGCUCAAACCCGACAUCGUCAGAUGCCCUGCCUAAUGCGAGCGAGGAAGCCGUACAGGUCGGCAAGGCUACCGGCAAAGCCACACCAGAGCUGGACCAAGGGACACCAGUGCAGGAGAUCUUAAAACGGGACCCCGAGCUAGCGGAGAAGGCGCCUGAAGUGAUGAAGGAGAAGCCUACGGAUGCGAAGAGGAGUGCAGAGGCCGCGGGCGAAGAGGGAGCCACGACUUUUGAUAACCUGCUGGCACUGGGACAGAUGGAGGCGAUUGUCAAUGGAGGGCACGCGAGUGAUAUGACGCCAGAGAUGGUGGGCCAUAAAUUCCCGCUGCCGGAUAUGCCGUUGAAGCCAUUUUCGAAUCGCAAGGAGCGCUAUGAUCCGAUCGUUUCUCAGGUCACAAACCUCCUCAUGCAACACGGCAAGCUGAGCAUUGCUCAAAGGCAUAUGUCCUACAUCCUCAACCAGCUCCGCACUGCACCUCCCCCAGUGCCGUCUCAAGCUCGCCCCCUCGUCCCUGGCUCCCCGCCCCCAAUCGAACUGCCUCUAAACCCAAUCAACUACCUCGCCGUCGCCAUCGAUUCCAUCGCACCUCUCAUGCGCAUCCGCCAACUGAAGGGUGCCGCCGGAGGUGGUUUGUCGCUGCCAGUUCCUGUCCCCCUGAGCCUGCGCCAGCGCCGCCGCACAGCCAUCAUGUGGAUCCUGGAUACGGUACUCAAGAAGAAGAGCCGUGGCAGUGGGCCCACGAUGUUUGCGCAGCGCUUCGCGGAUGAGAUUAUCAGUGUGGUAGAAGGAAAGAGCGGCGUGUGGGAUAAGCGGGCGAUGGUACACAAGGCCGCAACGUCAGCGAGAGUGAACUUGACUUAUUCGAGGAUGAAGGGGAGGAGGCUGUAGGGGUUAACAUCUGGGGAGUUGGUGGUUGAUGUAAGAUAUGUAUAGAGGCUUGAAUGUACUAUAGAGCUACUGUGCAAGCUGUAUCAACUGGGGGUUAGUUCUCGAGGUGGACCUGGUAACUCUGGGUAUUCCGUGUUCACUUGUGGGAAUAGUUACUGUGCACCCACUGCUGACUGUGGUAUGUGGAGUAUUUCAACGAACUAAUUGGCUGACAACCACAUAUCCCCGUCUUCGGACUUCGGGCCACACCAGCACCCCUCAUGGGAUCGUCAAACCCCCAUUUUCAUUUUUAAGGCACUAGAACACACAUCUAUUUCCCAAUUGAGAAUAACGUGACUGCCGACGGCAGCGCGUUGACUCGCAAGUGCGAUGUGUAAUGUGCUGGAAUUUUCGCGUCGCCUCGCAUGCCAUGCGCCCUGAGAAUUCUGCAGCGACAUGCGGAGCUGGAGAUCUUUGGCCCCAUGCCCCUCCACGGUACUACUGCAUGCUGCACCAAAAUAGCGUCGACAAAGGCAAGGAACAAAAAAAAUAUGGUGCAAUUACGCCUCGGGAAACAAGGUGGAACAGACUGUAUUAUUCUCAUAGUGCUGCUUUUUGAAGUGCUUUUCCAAAGCCCU